CGUUUUAUAGUCUUUCUCAAACGGCUCGGGACUACAGGGUAAACGACUGAAAAUUUUAAUAAAUGAAUUUAGGUGGGGAUUUUUUGAGGAUUUUUGGUGAAUUGUUUUUAGAAUAUUUUUGUCUGGUUUUAAAAAUGAGUGAGAGGGAAGGAGGAGGUUGAAGGGAUUUUUUCUUCCACAUUUUUUUUUGAAAAUAAUGGGCAGAUCAGAAAAAAUGUGGUUUUUUUUAAAUGUGUCGUUAUUUUCAUUUGACUAAGAAGAGGAAGGUCGUAUUUUGCCGCCAAAGAAGAAGAAUAAAAAUAAAGGGAGAACAACAAGACCAAGACGGACAACAACAAUAAAAACACAUAAAUUUUGGCUAAAAAAAGAUUUUAUUAUUUUUUUUGAGAGAAAAUCGGCAAAGAGUGUAAGGAUUGGUUUUUGAAAAGAUAAAAAAAGGAUUGGAAAAAAAAAUAAUUCUGAAUUGGAUUUAUGAUUAGAAAAAGUUAGCCCUCCUUCCUCCUCCAGUUUAUAAAAUUUUCCUUAGAAUUUCGAAUUCACCUUUUCGACUUAGCGCGACUCAGCGCCCCAUGUUGCCUUUUUUAAAUGGCCUUAUCCCUGCUGAAGUUAAUUUUAUAAAAUUUACAAAUUUUUAUUUCUUUUUCAGUUCCUCUCAUUACCUAUUUUUGCGCAAUAAGAACGCUAAUAUAAAAACAAAAACAACAAAUUAUAUUUUAAUUAGCAAAUAA